AUGGUUUUCAAGCCGUUUACCCAUAUCGCGCGUCAGAGUUUCACCAAGGCCUUUACUCAUGGCUAUGCUCAAUCCGUAGUCGCCGCAUCCCAGUCGUCCUACGCGUCGUCCACAACCCUUAACCACCUCACUGCCGCUCAUCCCGCCAAAUUCUCACGCACUGCUCAGUUGCAACAUGUCUUCCAACCCUCAAGUUCCUCAGGCGCUGGCGCCAAGGCCGGUCAGGCGGGUUCGGGUUCGGGAGAUGCGGGUUUAGCCGCAUACUAUGCCGCCUGGCAACAAGCCCAGCAGACUGGCGAUGAUAGUGACUGGAAACAAUUGCAGCUCAAGCAGAGAGUCGGCUGGAAACCUUCUACGGAGGAAGAGGCGGCCCAGCAGAAGGAGGGAGAUGACCUGUCCACCUCCCCUACCGAUUUCCAUCAUUCUCCCCAUAUCACCAAAGCCUCCGCCAAUUCCGAUGUGAGUGCCAAGGUGGAGGAGGCAGUCGCCCGCGAAAUUCAGAUUCAAGAAGAGCAAGCUCAAGCGGAGGAAGCAUCCGAGACCCACGAUACCUCCGCUACCGAGGCCUUCCCUGACCUGCCACCUGAUGUCGCCGCUGUGGAAAACUACGCGACCGAGGAGUCACGCAUAGCGUCAGAACGAAUCGUCGAGCUUGCGUCAUCUAAGCAGUUUGCGGACGUCCCGGGUGCGUUUGCAGCGCUCCUCCGAGAUGGGCUCAUCCCAACGGUUGGUGCCUACAACGCGUUGUUGGACUCGGCCAUCCACCUGCAUGAUGAUUUAUCGCAAGCCAUCCCGAAAGCCCUCGAUGUUUAUUCCGACAUGCUUCGCCGCAGGGUUAUUCCUGACGAGCAAACCUAUCAGAUGCUGGUCCAGCUCUUCGUCACCCGUGCCCAUGACGCCGCCAAGGCUAUGGAGGUGCUGGAACAAGAACGCGUCCGCUAUGGGGGUAUGGAGGAGCCUGGCAAAUUUAUGCUGCACUCCAGUGAGCUGGAGAGAGCCAUCCUGGCGGAGGACGAGUCCCUCAGAAUCGCCAUGAAACUGUUUGAUACCGCCACUUCGCGUCACAAGGGGCUUGUCUUUUCCUUGGAUACAUAUCGCUAUCUGAUCACCGCCUGUGCAACCGAGGGACACAUGGAGCAGAUGAUCCGUGUUUACGCCCAUAUGGAAACCCACAAAGUGAUUCCUCAUGCCUCCAUUUUCCCUUCGAUGAUCGACGCUUUCGCUUCCUCUGGGGACCUGCGGAGCGCUGUCGAGUGCUACAAUGAAUACAGGGCGCUCGCGGUCGCUGAUGACAACGGUACAUUCUGCAUCGUCCAGCGGCUAGAUGGCCAGGUCUAUGCAGCCUUGAUCAAGGCUUAUAUCUCCUGUGGCAAGGAGGAGAACGCGAUGCGUUUCCUGGCGCGGAUCCGUACCUCCUUCGACGGGGUGACGGAGAACCGUGAAGCGCGGCAGGGUGCAAUGGAGUCCGUUAUCUUCCAUGAUGCCCUGGUGCAGCAUGCUCUCAAAUCGGGUGAUCAUGAACGGGCCCUCGAGCAAGCCAAGACACGACUGCAUGAUGGGGCACUGGAUCAGGCCAUGUCCCAAAUCUGCAUGGUGGCCGCUGAUUCGGGUAACUUGAAAACCGCUUCCGAAGCGUAUGACCGUCUCCCCACAGACAUUGAAACGCGCCAGAAGCCUGCUGUUUCAAUGCUAGCCCUUCAUGUGCGCGAAGGAAAUGUGUCUGCCGCGCGACCCCUGUGGCUAAUGUUGAGUACGGUGGGUCAGGCAACAUCGGAUAUGGUCCAACCGACCGUCAUGUAUGCCGUGGCCCUCCUCAAGAGUGGUUACACCGAGGAGGCUUUGAUCCAGGCGCGAAAUAUGUUCACUCGCAUCCGCAGUGCCUCGAUCAAAAACUUGUCGACAAGUUCUGUUCGUGAACAAAUUAACGAAAGUAUUCAUCUCCUCAGUCGUGUUCUUGUGCAGAGUGCUACUGUGCUCUCUCCUCAAGCUUCCAUGUCGCUCUUGUGGUUGAUGGUUGAGAAUGGAGGCUUAGUGUCUCCCGCUGCUGAGCAUGCCGUCGCCUUCCUCGGCCCUCUCGAGAUUUCGCAGCUCAGCCCGCGCGAUCUUGCCCUGGCUCUUCAGGUUCAAGCAGGCAUGCUAGUCAACAACCAUUCCAUGUCCUUCGAUGUUGCCCAUCCUAUUCGCUUUGCUCAUAUGCUCGACAUUGCUUUGGCAACUGGCCUCGCUAUGGAUUCCACCACGGUCAACUUGGUGGACCAAGCCGUGGGAAAGUUGUUCAACAGCAGACCCGACAUGGUCAAACGGUGGCAUAGCUAUCUUGGCCUGACCUCCAGCCCUUCCAGCUUUCUCUCUGGUUGCCAGACCCCCGUUUCCGAGCUGUCUAGCAUGAGCUCGGUGCCCAGUGACGACACCUUUGACCCUUAUGCCUACGCCACCGAUUUCAAGGGAUCCGCCAUGAUUGCCGACGAACUUGAGAUCACCCAUGGUCGCCCCGAGUCCCACCUGAACGAAGCAUUGAAUCGACUCCGCAACAUGCGACGCGCUGGGCGACACCCACGCUAUAUCACCUAUGCUAAGCUCAUUGCUGCCGCUGCCAAGUGCAAUCGUGUGGAUCUUGUGCACGAAGUCUUGAGUAUGGCGAGGCGCGAUGUUCCUCUUCUCCCUCAAUACAAGGCUGUGAAAUACGGCUGGACCUCUAUUCUUGAUGCGAUGGUUGCCUCUUGUCUCACCCUGGGGGACCGGGGACUGGCCACCAAAUACCACAAUGAACUUUCGGAACUUGGUUCUGCCCCAUCUGCCAACACUUUCGGUCUGUAUAUCACGACUCUGAAGGAGUCCACGAAGACGUUUGACGAAGCCACCGAAGCUUUGAAGAUUUUCCAUCGUGCUGUUGCUGAGGGUGUUGAACCCACCUCGUUCUUGUACAAUGCUCUCAUUGGCAAGCUCGGCAAGGCCCGUCGCAUUGAUGACUGUCUCCAAUAUUUCGCCGAAAUGCGUGCCAAUAACGUUAGACCCACCAGUGUGACCUACGGUACCAUCGUCAACGCUCUUUGUCGUGUUAGCGACGAGCGUUUCGCCGAAGAGAUGUUCGAGGAGAUGGAGUCUAUGCCCAACUACAAGCCCCGCCCUGCACCUUACAACUCGAUGAUUCAGUAUUUCCUCAACACCAAACGGGACCGCCCCAAGGUUCUAGCCUACUACGAACGCAUGCUGAGUCGUAACAUCAAACCUACCAUGCACACAUACAAGCUGCUUAUCGACGCGCAUGCUUCCUUGGAGCCCGUGGAUAUGGAGGCUGCCGAAAAGGUUCUCGAGACCAUCAAAGCCUCUGGACAGGGGCCCGAAGCAGUGCACUAUGCAUCUCUUAUUCACGCCAAGGGCUGUGUGGUGCGCGAUAUGGAUGCUGCUCACAAUGUGUUCAAGUCUGCGGUCUCGAACCCCAAGAUGAACGUGCAGCCCUGCCUGUAUCAAGCCCUGCUUGAAUCCAUGGUGGCUAACCACCAAGUGAGCCAGACCGAGGCCAUCGUUGAGGACAUGGUUAGCCGCAAGGUGGAGAUGACCGCCUACAUUGCGAACACUCUCAUCCACGGAUGGGCUGCUGAGGGCAACGUCGAAAAAGCCAAGGUUGUCUACGAUAGCAUCGGAAUUGACAAGCGGGAGCCCAGUACCUACGAGGCGAUGACUCGUGCAUUUUUGGCCACCAAUAACCAGGAAGGUGCUUCUCGCACGGUGCAAGAGAUGCUCUCCCGUGGAUAUCCUACUGCUGUCGCCAACAAAAUCGUCGAUCUGGUUGGCAACGGCACCCAUUCAGCGGGCGGCUCUGGCGUAUUUUUGUGGACAAUCUGGAUUUACAUGGUGUAUCUAUACCACGGCUUGGGAUUCUGGGUUGUGGUUUGUGCAUUUUCAUUUUGUUGGAUAGAGACUCUCAACUCUUUAACUGUCCGGGGCUGCUGUCGUUCUAUGAGUCACUCUUGGCUGUGGAAUACAGCCCAUUCUUUCAUCCGUCGCAAUUAUCACGCGAGUCCGUUACGCUACUUCCCCAUGGACCACCCAAGGCAAGCCGCCCCUGGGAGCAUUCCCCUGGGCCAGGAUGGAAAGCGGCCGAAGAAGCUCAUCUUUGCUCCCGGCGAUAUCGAGCCAACCCCCGAGUCCAAAACACCAAUUUCUUCUGAGACUACCGUUCCCGUCUCUGCAUUGCCUUCUCGACUUGUUGCGGAGGCUCUUCGUUCCAAGACCAUGACGCCCACAACGGCCAUGGAUAAGCAGGUCGUGUCGCACCCCGCCCGCGCCCAUCAGUUCGUCAGCAACCCCCCACUUACCGUCUCCCAAUUACACCCCACAAAUCCCCUUUACCAAUUCCAUUCGUGGUUUCGUGAUCCGCGUCUAGCGCCAUCGUCAGCACCGGAAACGUGCACGCUGGCCACGGCUUCUCUGCCCUCGGGGCGGGUGAGUGCGCGCAUCGUCUACCUCAAGGAGCUGGACGAGAGGGGGUGGGUGGUAUAUAGCAACUGGGGGAGUCGGGAGGGUAAAGGUGGACAGGUCUUCGGGACCGGGGACACAUCAGGGGAGGAUCUUGAUGUCACUUGUAGCGGGAGUGUUCCAGAGUCCAUGCCUGUCCCGGGCGAUGAGCCUCUUCAGGAAGGGUUCCAGCAAGGCAAUAAAUGGGCAGCGCUUACAUUCUGCUGGUCGCCACUGGAACGCCAGGUGCGGAUUGAGGGACUGGUCGAGCCGUUGAGUCGCGAGGAAAGCGAGAUGUAUUGGCGGACCAGGGAGCGUGGGAGCCAGAUCGGAGCUUGGGCCAGUUGGCAAAGCAAAGUGUUGUGGUCGGCAGAGCCUGCCACGCUGAUUGACCGGCGGCGCAAGAGCCUUGGUCCGGGGAUGGACUCGAUUGUCUACCCUGACAUUCCAAGCGAUGUGAAUGAGACCGAUAUCGACGAUGGACGAGCGCUACUGGAGAAGCGCGUGCAGGAGAUAGAGGCACGGUUUGCUGGCACCAAAGAAAUCCCUCUCCCCCCGUUCUGGGGUGGUGUACGACUCAUUCCAGAGUCGGUAGAGUUCUGGCAGGGCCGUCGGAGCCGGUUGCACGAUCGAUUCCGAUAUGUGAGGAUCCAUGGGCAGGACGAAUCCUCAUAUAAAUGGAAGGUCCAGCGGCUUUCGCCUUGA